CGUGCGGACGUUGUUUAGGGCACUCAGACUCUGACUUUCGGGCUCGGCUUUUGGCUUUCAAGUCAAGUGGCAAGUGGCAAGUUGCGAGUGGCAAGUGGCAAGUGGGCAAGUGGCACCUGCACAAACUUGGCGGACAUUUCAAACAAAACGCAGUUGUUGAUGCUGUCUGCAUGCUGUGCGCGCGUUGCGAAAAACUGAAUUGCUGCACGUUAACGGUAAUUUGCAGCCAUUAGUUGUCACACACACCAACACACAAAUACGCACACACACACACACCCGCUGUCAAGGAGGCGUCACUGUGAUUAAAUGCCAAGUUAGAAAGGUGAACGAAAUUAUAAGUAAAAACGUCGCUGUUCGGUCGCAUUACGCAUACGCAGCGUAUGCUGUCACAAAAGUAAAUGCUGAAAUUUAAACGCGUAACGACGAGCUGCUUAUUGUUUUUCCGUUGCGAAUCGUUGUUUGCUGUAUUACUGUUACUGUUAUUGUGUGUGCUGGUGUCGACAUCCUUGGCAAUCGUUGGUCAGUCGCUUGCCAAGAAAUUGGAUAUGUUGCUGUUGCCGUAAAAGUUCUCUUGAUUUAUAUUCAAUGCAUAGCGCAAAGUGUCUUCUGUGUUGAGCGGAGUUAAGCUGCGCAAAGCUCCGUUUGCUACAAGAAUAUUAGCUCAAGUAUUAACGUGGUCACUGGACAUUCUGUGGACUAUAUCAUCGAUUACACAUCGACUCCAUCGACUACACCGGAAUUUUGUCUCGAUGAUGUCUUACUGAAUUGCAAUUGUGUAUUGCGAAACCCACACACACACAAACACACUUGUAGACUGUGAAAAGAUUCUCGAGUCAUGAGCCAACCGCAUCAGCAGCAUGAGCAAUUGCAACGACGUCGUCGACGAUGCCGCCAACCGGCCGAGCCUUGCGAAUGUUUACGUCCUGUGAUAAGGGUUUUUGGUCUGCUGACUUCAUUCGUUAUCUGUGGAGUGGGCGUCGAUGUCUACAUGCAUGGCUAUCAGGCGGGACUUUAUAUACUUUUUUCAGCUUUGCUGGUGCUGUUCAUUGAGAUUAAAUGGCUGAUAACCAUUUUUCUGCAGCUCCAAUGCGGCGACAAUAAUUACCAUAGUAGCUCCUGUUGUCUCGACUGCUGGCGUUGCUCCAUGCUCUUCGGCAGUUGGCGACCGGCGCCCAUAUAUGUCGCCGUGGGCGUGGCACUCAUAAUAUUCCCCCACAAUCUGUGGCUCAGCUAUGUCGCUGGAAUGCUUCUGCUGCUGCUCGCAUUGCUCCGUCUCUGUACCCUCCUUCGGUUCAGCGGGGGCGGAGCCAAUCACUUUAAGGACGAGGGUCUGCUGCCACAAUGCGAUUUUGAAAAGGUUUCCAGUUUCGUGGACAGCGUGGAGGAUGAUUUCGCAGAAGUCUGUGUGUCGCAGCCCGAAGAUGAGGAGGCCGCCAUGGACGAUGACAUUUGCUAGUAGUUAAAAGCAUAUAUUAUUUAUAAGACUUUACUUUCAAGAAAUGUGCGCGAUUGCAAUUAUAUAAAUUACAUUUUUUACUUUAAUCGAUCU